CUCACCGAUUACUACUAAUAUGCUGAACGGCCGCAGCUGAGUUCUGCCCUUCAGUCCUACCGUAUUUCAAACAUAGCUAUAAGGAAUGGGUGAAGAAUGUGGAAAGGAAGGUCCAAUCCUCAGCAUUUUUUUUUCAGAGUUUCACAAUACAGCUGGACCAAAGAUUAUGUAUCAAUAUCCUGAAAACUCUGUAAGUAAAGAUAUCUUUGAUGCUGUCUCUGUGUAUAUUAUUCCAAAGCCACAGAUACAAAAGCGGAUUAUCACUGUUAAUGUACUUGGUCAUAAAAUUACUGGUUAUCCCAAUGAGAUCAAGCACCCCAGGUAUGUGAGGAAUGCUUUGAUUUUCAAUCUGUGCUUUGUGUUUGAUUCAAAUGCUCGUACUGUUCAUUAUGAACCUGCUGUGAAAAAAUUGUCAGAAUACUUAGAGAACUUGGAGUUGGAUAAUGGGUUUUUGUCAAAUGAUGACAGCAAAGAAAAGAUGCCAGGUAUACUGAAACAGAUAUUAGAUGACUUAAAUGCUACUGGAAAGUGUACUAUCAAAAUUAAUGUUGGAGAUAAAAAGUUCAGUAACUGUGAUAUCAGUGACCGACGAUUUGAGAAAUGUGACCGACGACCCAGCAUGUUGUGUGAAAGAAGAUUUACAAUUGAUGGAAAAUGUGGCCUAGACUUACAAGAGAGAAGAGUGAGCAUGGUUUGUGAUCAGAAACCAGCUGAUUCUUUUAGGGGACUGAGGAAAGGAUCAGAUGCGGAAAAUAAACUCCGAAAGUCACUUGAUAACUCAAGUAAAGAAGGCCAUGUCACUUCAGUUCUUCAUCUUAAGGUUGUUGGUAUCCUGCCAGACCCCCCUCAUGUACUGGAUCACCAUGUGCCAAUUCUUACUUCUGAACGUGUCUUCAGUAGAGGUGAUCACUGGGACUUGACAACUCAGCAGAUUCUUCCUUAUAUUGAUGGAUUCUCACAUAUUGCAAAAAUUGCUGCAAUGGCUGAUGUUGAAAGUAAUUUAGUUAAGGCUUGUGUUGAAAAUCUGUUGUACUACAAUCAAGUAGAAUUGCUACCAAUUUUCCAGUACUCCAAUGUUUAUAGAGUGACUUCUAGGAUUCACAAGCUGUACUCUUGUCACGACCUGCAGGAUGAAUGUCAGCGAUCAGUUACAAAGAGUUCUACAGUUGUACCCCAACUAUCACACAUAAUUAUGUUGUAUUGCAGCAUGACAUAUGGCAUAUCUGUAAGAGAUCUUUGUCUUCGAUUCAAUCCUCAAACUUUAAAUAUAGAUGAACGCAAAUUAGUUCAGUUUGGACUUUUGAAUAACAUCAUUGAACGUCUUCAUCAGUAUCCAGUUCUCUUACAACCUGAUGAUAUAAAUUUCAGUACCUCCAGUAAACAGAGUUCUUUGCAUAAAUUGUGCAAUGGCUUUCAUUCUUAUGAUGAGAUUUGCUGUAAAUUAGGUUUGACCUAUAAAGAACUCAAUGAUCAAGUAGAAAGGGAUCCAAAUAUUCUUGUUCUUUGGAAACGACAUUUUAAAUAUUGUUUUUAUCUGUAAAUAUAUUUGGAAAUACAAGAUUAUUCUAUACUGUAUAUAGAAAAAAAAUUCAAUUUUUUGUCAUGUUCAUUGUGUGAAAUGAAAUGUAUAGGUUAGAACAUACCUAUCCCUAAAAUGAAAAAAAUUAUUGUAUAUAUUUAAGACGGCAAAUGUAUUUAUCCAUAAACUGAAAAAUUAUUGUAGAUAUUUAAGCCAGCAAAUGUAAUUAAAUGUGUAGUCAAAGACUCUGCCCUUGUUAUUUUUCUAUGUUAUACCUACACUGCAUAAUGUA